AUGUUAACUCGAGCCGGAUGUACCUUAUUUCGAUCUACAUUAAAUCAGUUUUUCUUACGUAGUCUAUCGACAACAAGUUCAUCACAAAAAAUCUAUACUAAUUUUCAAGAAGCCGUCCAAGAUAUUCCACAUGGAGCAAAAUUAUUAGUUGGAGGUUUUGGACUAUGUGGUAUUCCUGAAAAUUUAAUUAAUGCAUUACUUAAAACUGGACAAAAAGAUUUAAUAAUUGUAUCAAAUAAUUGUGGUGUUGAUGAUUUUGGUCUUGGUUUAUUAUUAAAAACAAAACAAAUUAAACGUAUGAUUUCUUCAUAUGUUGGUGAAAAUGCAGAAUUUGAACGACAAUAUUUAAAUGGCGAGCUCGAAGUUGAACUAACACCACAAGGUACUUUAGCAGAAAAAAUCCGAGCUGGUGGUGCUGGUAUUCCAGCAUUUUUUACACCAACUGGUUUUGGUACAUUAAUUCAACAAGGUGGUGCACCAAUUAAAUAUUGUAAAAGUAGUAAACGACCUCUAAUUGAAAGUCCAGAGAAAGAAACUCGAGUUUAUAAUGGUCGGCACUAUGUUUUAGAAGAUGCUAUUGUUGGUGACUUUGCUCUUGUUAAAGCUUGGAAAGCGGAUCGCUUAGGAAACCUUAUUUUUCAAAAAGCUUCUCGAAAUUUUAAUCAACCAAUGUGUAAAGCAGCACGAUAUACAAUCGCUGAAGUGGAAGAAAUUGUUGAAGUUGGAGACUUAAAACCUGAUGAAAUUCAUAUACCAAAUAUAUAUGUACAUCGACUUAUUAAAGGUGAUAAAUAUGUAAAACCUAUUGAGCGUCGAACAGUACGUAAACGUUCAGCACCAUCAGCUACAUCAACUCCAGCUGAAUCAAAAAAGAAAAAAGAUGAUGCAGCUAGAGAACGUAUUAUUCGACGAGCAGCUUUAGAAUUUACAGAUGGAAUGUAUGCAAAUUUAGGCAUUGGAAUACCAAUGUUAGCUUCAAAUUAUAUUCCAGAUGGUUUAACAGUACAUCUACAAAGUGAAAAUGGAAUUUUAGGUUUGGGUCCAUUUCCAUUUGAAGGUGAAGAAGAUCCCGAUUUAAUCAAUGCUGGCAAAGAAACUGUAACUAUUCUUCCUGGAGCAUCAUUCUUCUCUAGUGAUGAUUCAUUUGCUAUGAUUCGUGGUGGUCAUAUUGAUUUAACAAUGCUUGGUGCUAUGCAAGUAUCACAUUAUGGUGAUUUAGCUAAUUGGAUGAUUCCAGGUAAAUUAGUUAAAGGUAUGGGUGGAGCAAUGGAUUUAGUUGGCAGUGGUCGAACUAAAGUUGUUGUUACAAUGGAACAUAAUGCUAAAGAUGGUUCAGCAAAAAUUCUUGAAUCAUGUUCACUACCAUUAACAGGCAAAGGAGUUGUUGAUUUAAUUAUAACAGAAAAAUGUGUCUUUCAAGUUGAUCCAGAAAAAGGUUUAACACUAAUAGAAAUUGCUGAUGGUUAUACAACUGAUGAUAUUAUGAAAAGUACUGGUUGUCCAAUUAAUGUAAAUAUGAAUAAUAUUUAA